AUGAGUAUUAUAAAUAAUGAAGUACCAAAUAAUAAAAUAUUAUUAAAAAGGAUAACAGUUGAUCCAAAUGAUAAAGAACAAAUUGAAAAUUUUAAUAAAAAUUUUAUAACAAAUCAUGUUUUUAAUCAAAAAGUUGAAAUUAUAUUACCAAUUAAAAAAGGAGCAAAUGAAGAAGUAGAAGAAGAUAAUAAUAAUGAAAGUGAUAAAAAAUCACAACAAAAACCAAAAGCAAAAGGUAGUUUAUUAUCACAAGCAUCAUCAUCAUAUUUAUUAGUUGAAGGUGAAUUUACAAGUUUAUUUCAAGAACAAUCAAUUACACCAUUACCAUCAUCAUCAAAUAAUAAAUCAUUAGAUGGAAUUAAUACAAAACAAUUAUAUUAUCAAAUUGAAACAACAUUAGAUUUAUUAUUAUCACAUGAAUUUAUUGAUAAAUAUAUAAAGAAUGGUGGAUUUUAUGCAAUUUCACAAUUGAAUUUCAUAGAUUCUGGUAAUGUUGUAGCAUUUUUACCAAAUUCAAAAAUAAUAUUAAAUGUUGAUAAAGAAACCUAUCAAGAAUUAGGUUUACUUGGUAAAUCUUCAGUUUUUAAGAAUUUACAAAGAUACAUCAUCACAUUGGAUAUGACAAGUAAAGAAUAUCAACGUGGUUCAAAAUCAUAUACUCGUUUAAUUUGGUCAUUAAAAGAUAGACUAUCAUCAAUCAAUUUAAUUUGUUUUUAUCAAAAACUAAACUCAACCCAAUUACAAUCAAUUGAUUUCCCUCAAGGUGUUAAAGUUUUACCAUCAUAUAAUCAACCAACUCAAGAAAUUCUAAAUUUACGUUUACCAACUUUAAAUAUAAUAAAUGAAAAUUUAAAUAUAAAUAAUAGCAAUAAUGAUAUAAAAAUGAUUUAUAAUGAUUUUAUAAAUGAAUGGGUUGAAGUUUUAGGAUUUGCAAGUUUAGGUAUAAAUUUAAAUCAAGUUAAAGAUUUUGAAAUUGGUAAUUCGUUAUUAUCACAAUGUCCAAUAGCAACAAAAUGUUUAAAGGCAACUCAAAAAGGUUUGGUUUCAAAUAGUUUUAUUUUAGAAUUGAUCGAAAAAAUUAAAUUAAUGCUUUCAAAAGGUUUAAUUGAAUAUGGUGUUUUAAAUAUUUAUGGUUUCGCUGAUACUCCAAUCUCUUGGAAUUCAAUUGAACAUAAUUUUCUAUAUGGUGGUGAAAAUGAUCAAUCACUUUUAAUUUUACCAAAUAAUAAAUUCAUUUCUUCAAAUUUAAUUGGUACUUAUGAUUAUUAUUGUUAA